AUGUCUUACACUCCGACUACCCACAGCGCAAGCUACGAGGCAAUUUCUGCUACGAAUCCGUCGAUCUCCGCCGCCGGCAAAGUCGUCCUCAUAACUGGAGCCGGAUCUGGAAUUGGGAACGCCGCUUCGUUGUCCUUCGCUACAGCCGGAGCAAAAGCCUUGAUUCUGCUCGGCCGCCGAGUGGAGUUGCUUGAGCAGCUUGUGAAAUCUACGCUGAGCCAGAUCGUUUCCAAGUACGGACGCAUCGACAUCGUCAUACACGCAGCUGGAGCCCUCCCACCUCUGGGCCCUCUGGCAACGGUGCCCCUCGACGACCUCUGGAGGGCAUUCGAAGCUAUGUUGGCUGUUAUCACUUCGGAUCAAGAUGGCCCAUCUCAGCCAGUCAUUAUCGUCCUCAACACUGCCGGGAGCAUCAUGCCUCCGCUACCGGGCAUGGGCGGGUAUGUAGCAAGCAAGAUAUCCUCUUCGAAGCUAGCAGAGUACUUGGCUUCGGAGAACAAGGACAAGUUGUGA